AACCAAAUAAAUAGUGUACUAUCAUCAACGUUGUAUUCAUUUCGUCAAUCGGAAUGAGUUAUCACCAACAUCGAUUCUAUUCUCGUUUUAUCAAAACAUCUGUAUAAAGCUCCCAACAUAUAUAAUAAUCUAAUCAGUUGGUUAUGAUAGUGCUGUGGUGAUUCGGCGGCAGUUUUCUUCUAAAAAUAAUGCCUGUAACCGCCACAAAAUCGAGGUACCAAUCUAUACCGAUACUCUACACGAGAGGGACUUAUUACGAAGUAGGGUACGAUACUGGAAGAACGUUUUCUGGAAUAAUACAUAGCUUUUUAAAUGGCAACCCAUCGUUAGAGGAGGAUUUUCUACCAGCAUACAACACACUGGAAGGAAAACGAGCAUAUGAAGAAACUUUAAAUUCAGUUAAAAAGAAUUUUCCUCAAUAUGUUAGAGAACUGGAAGGGAUUGCCGAUGGAGCCAACGUUCCGUUUUACAAGCUAUUUUUGUUACACAUGGACGACAUAAUGUUACUAGCUGUUAAAAAAGAGACGAAGAAUGAACACCCCACAGGUUGUUCAUCUAUCUGUGUAAAUAAUAAAGGACAUGAAAUAUUAGGUCAUACAGAAGAUGCUUUGGGAGAAGUUUUAAACCACAUUUAUUUCGUUUCCGCUCAUAUUAUACCGGAUAAAAUUGAAGGAAAAUGUCCAUUCAAAGAAGAAAAAUUCACUUCACUUUGUUACGCUGGUCACUUACCGGGAUAUACCAUGAGUUAUAACCACCAUGGACUAAUAUUUACAAUUAAUACUUUGAGUGUUAAACACACAUAUCCUGGAAAAACACCGAGAAUGUUUAUUACCAGAAGUCUUCUGGGUGCGGAAAAUUUCGUCCAAGCUCAAGAAAUUAUAAGGGAUCGAGGUUGUGGAGCCGGUAAUGGCUGUUCAAUUAACAUGACUUUUUUGAACCAAGAAGGGGACAGAAUGUUUCACAAUGCCGAAAUGGCACCUUCCGAUAAACAAGAAUCUCAAUUGAACGUUUUUACUGCUAGUCCUGGAGAAUGUAUUAUCCAUACCAACAAAUAUCUGCGAAUCAAAAUAGAUGAAACGAAUGAAAAUAUGACAAAUAGUAGCCUAAAUAGAAUGGCCACUUUCGCAACCUAUCCUUCACCAAAACAAAAACAUGAUGUUCUAAAAAUGUUGAGCGAUACUACUAAUCCUAAUUUUCCAGUAUUUCUUGACACACCGAACAAUUAUGUUAAAACUGUUGCAGUAGGUAUAUUCGAUUGUGUUGCUAAAACAUGGAGUUUGUACUCAGACAACCCAUCAAAAAAUGAACCAUUGGUUGUACUACCAUUAGUACUUAAAAACAAUUAAUUGCUAACACUUCUAAACUAAUUUAUAUGUGUAUGUACUUAAAUAAAGUCUUAAAUAUUA